AUUCCAACUCAACCCUUCUGCAUCUUUUAGGUUUUUGAUGGGCUCCAGGGUGUUGCUGUGUUGUAAGAUGGGCAUCUCCAAGAUAUUUGUGGUUGGUUUGCAUGGGACUACUCCUUAAAACAUGGACCUGUUUCUUUAAAAAGUAAAUCUGGGAAGACACCUUCCGAGUACCAACAUUCUUGUGUCAACCAGGUGUUCAGAAAUCGUUGUUUUUGUACUUUGGGGAGAAGUUGGGACUUACGUGGGAAGGUUGCACCUUCAAUGGAAUAAUGGCAGGUCAGCUUUUCUUUAAGAUGUCCUCCUUUCUCCAGGACACGUCUUGCAUCUUCCGAGAAAUUUGCACCGUGUAUAUAUAUUUUUUCUUUAAGAACUGGGAACAUGGAAUCCGCUUGCUUAAUGUCCUGGAAUAUUUUUUUUGCAAUUUUUUUCCCCUUGGCGAGCGUGGGGACUGGCUGAAACGUUUUAAUAUCUUAAAAGGGCUCAUUUGAAGAUGUGCACAUGUAAACAGUGUUUAACUUGAUUGGGGUGGGUGUGUCCUCCCAGAGAGAAGAGUAAGACGUGAAGAAACCGUGUGGGAGACUUCAUGCAGAUGCUGUGCUGAAUUACUUGGGUUGAAGCACACCCUGGCAAGGUGCUGGCCACAUGGAUGUGCUUGGGUCAUGAGUUGUCCAGCGGCCCCAAGUAGGUCAGCAGGAGAAGGGUUGCGAUAAGGCAUUCUCGAGCUCUGGAGAUUACGGCUGGAUUGUUUGCUUCCACCCUCAUGGGUUUACUUCCCGCUCUGGUUUCCUGGAUUCUCUUAAAGGGUUGACGAGAAAAUGGUGUGGAAAACAGCUUGGCCGUGAGGUAAUGUUACACGUUGCCCCAGGGCGAAUUCCCCUGUUGGUAGCUGAGUGAUCCCCGCUGGUUCUCCAUUCAGCGCGCCUGUUGUGUGUUCAAUGGAACGGCAUGGGGACCGUCGGAGGGUCUGGAAUGGAGUUACCUUUAGUCCAGUGUACCUGUCAUGGUGAUCAGGUGAACAGGAAAGGGAAGACGAGGUGGAGAUGGAACUGCCAAAUCAUGCCAAACAAUUGCUGCUGCAGCUUAACCAGCAACGAGCCAAAGGUUUCCUUUGCGAUGUGAUCAUUGUUGUGGAAAAUGCCCUCUUCCGUGCCCACAAGAACAUCCUGGCAGCCAGCAGCAUGUACUUCAAGUCCCUCGUCUUGCAUGACAACCUGAUCAACUUAGAUACUGACAUGGUCAACCCCACCGUGUUCCGGCAAAUCUUGGACUUUAUUUAUACUGGCAAGCUCUUAAUGGCCGACCAGCCUGGUGAACAGAACUUCGGUGCCCUCCUCACUGCCGCAAGCUACCUCCAACUUCCUGACCUGGCAGCCCUCUGCAGGAAGAAGCUCAAGCGCAAUGGGAGGUUGUUCGCUGGCCGGGCUGGUGGAGCCUCCAGCGUUGGGAGGCCGCCUCGGAGUCAGAGACUUGCCACGGCCUCCGUCAUUACUCGUUAUUCAGGGUCAACCGAAGGGAUGAAGGGCUCUCAGUCAAAGGAGAUGCCGAAGGGGAAGGUCUCAGAUGAUGAGGUCUUCAUCAGCAGUUCCAGCCAAGAGAAUUCUCACGCCUUGAGCAGGGGCCUUGGCAAGAACAGUGGAGAUGGGAGUAACAGCACCAAUGGGAGCUGUGGGGACCAGGAACUCGGGCUUGAUCUGUCCAAAAAGAGCCCCUCCCUCCCAACUGUAGCCCCCCAAGAUGACACCCCACACGGCGAAAGCCAGCGUGGCUCCCCCCGACCCGCCUCAGCCCCCACCGCCAACAGUGCCUCAUCGUUUGACGAGUCCACCGCUGGAGCCCCCCCCAGCCUAAUAGACAACUGUGAGCCCAUGGAAAUGGACCUGAGCGAAGACCGCCAGUCGCUCCCGGAAGGCAGCCAGCGAAAGAGCCUACGCCACUCCUCGCGCAAGAAGGAGUGGAUCAAGAAGGAUUGCACCUUUGACCGGAAGGAGGGGGGAGGCAAAGGCAGCGAGGAGGGCGAGGGGCUGCCCAACGGCAUCCUGAUGGGCCCCUUGUGCAAGUCAGCGGAGCGCGGCCUAGGCUUGGGCCCCUACGGGUCAGAGCUGCCCUUGCACGCGUGCCAAGAGGACGUGGAGAACGGCAAGGAGAACAGCGAAGACAGCGGUCAGAGCGAGAGCGAGAAUGGCGGACACAGCAGCGCCAACUACGUCUACCGGCAGGAAGGCUAUGAACCUGUGGCCUUUGGGGACAACUUAUACGUCUGCAUCCCGUGCGGGAAGGGUUUCCCCAGCUCCGAACAACUCAACGCCCACGUAGAGAAACACACCGAAGAAGAGCUGUAUAUCAAGGAGGAAGGGACGUUCGAUGAUAAAGAGGAGGAGGCCGAGGAUUUAUCCAACCCCAGCCAGCCCUACGCCUCGGAAUCUCGGCCGUUCAAGUGCUCGGUGUGCGAGAAGAGCUACAAAGAUCCAGCCACCCUCCGGCAGCACGAGAAGACUCACUGGCUGACGCGGCCUUUCCCUUGCAACAUCUGCGGCAAGAUGUUCACCCAGCGGGGCACCAUGACUCGGCACAUGCGCAGCCACUUGGGCCUCAAGCCCUUUGCGUGCGAGGAGUGCGGGAUGCGCUUCACCCGGCAGUAUCGACUGACCGAGCACAUGCGCGUCCACUCAGGGGAAAAGCCCUACGAAUGUCAGCUGUGUGGCGGGAAGUUUACCCAGCAACGAAACCUCAUCAGCCACUUGAGAAUGCAUACCUCUCCCACCUAAAGCCAAAGUCUCUCCAUGAGCUCUGAGCCCCACCCACCAUAAAUAUCCCUUAGACUUGCUGCUUUAAAACAAACUAUACAAAAAGGGACAUUCGGUCCCCUCUUCAGUCAUGGAAGGCCUCAACCAAACAGAGCUUUACUUCUUUCUUUCUCCCCCCGCCCCCGUCUUUCCGCUUCCCCUCUUCCAAGAAAGCCCCAGCCCCAAUUUAAUUGCUGACUCCCCCCCCUUUGCAUCAGCUUUUCUCUCAGGGCCCGUGGGGGUCAAAGUGGAGCAAGGAACGCCAUUGGCGGCAGGGUUGGCGUGGAGCCCCAGAGGAGCCCCGGUGUAGGAAAUGAGGGGUGGUCUAGGAAUUCCUUCCAGGUUGACGCCAAUUCAAAAGGAGGGCCCCAUGGGAGGGGGGGGUAAGAUGGUCUUUGUGACUGAAACAAAGGGACUGCCUUCACCACCUCUGUUUACUUUCUUAGCACUUUGGAAUCGCAAUGAUAGAACUCAACCACAGUAUUAUUUUCGUUCUUCUGACCAACUCCAGGAACACCCUUUGGCCUUUCUGUGGCUGGUGGACAGCCCUCUUUUUUUUUUUGCUUUUGUAAUCCUUUGGGGGUUGGGUUUUAGUUUUUACAACGGAAUCGGUUAAAAUGGAUGGUUGUCUCCCCAAAGCUGCAAUGGGGGAUGUUUCCGGCCAAUGGAGUCCAAUCCGUUCUUCCUUUAUUCUUUCCAUGGGGAAGGGGGUUAGUCUCUUUGUGCCUCCUGAAGGGGACAAAGGACAUUUUUGUUGGCUGAAAGGGAGGAAGUCUUGUUGGCCCCAUUUCUACGUGGUGCUUUCCACCUAGGAAGCUUUUCCUCCAUCUGUCCCUUCUCCAUCAUGUUCCAGGGGAAGAGCUGGUCCGCCUUAACCUUCACACCCUAGUCUUGAAGUCUUUCUCGUCCAACUUUCCUUCCCCACCUCUUUUGAUCUCUCUAGCCUUAUCCAUGACUGAAUGGGGGCUGAGUGACCCCCAGGAAUUUCUUUCAAGUGAGCAGGGGUCAUAUCUGUGUUAUUUUCCUCCCCCCGCCCUAGUUUUUGUAUGAAUAUUUUUUGCUUAGAGGUACUUGUUCUAUUAAGAGGAAAACAAUGCAUUGUUCAUGUUCAUGUAAGCGUUGGAACUGGAAAGCUUGAGGGAAUUCGACUGAGCGGGCGGGCAAUGGGAAUUGAAGUAGGCUGGAAUUGCUACAAGUUCCUUUAGGUACCUUUUCAUUUUUAUUUGGGGUGUGUGUGUGCGCGUGCCUGUGUGUGUGUAUGCGUGCACUUAGCUUUUUCUCCCUCACUAAAGAAUGGGUCAAGAUGGCAGGACCCAUUUCCUUUUCUACCUCUUGAAUUCACGAGAACAAUAAGAUGGUUAGUGAAAUAAUUAGGUGUGGUGUUUUGUCCCUCCCCUCCCCUCCCCUCUCCUCCCCCCAUUCCCAAUUGUAAGUAAGUGUACAAAGUAGAAACUAAACUAAGUUUAAGGGAUUUUUACCACCUCGUCCUUCCAUCAGAAAGUCAGCUGAAAAGAUAGAGUAACAAAGCGAGGCCAAAGAGAAUAGGUAGAUUCUAAGCUGGAGGCCCGGAUAAGUAAGUUGUGGUGCCACCAAAUCAUUGGGGUUUCUGUCCACAAAGGAAUUUUUUUUAGAAGAGCUUAUGGGCUUUUGGUAGCCUUGUUUAUUGAACCUGGAUGCUAUGGUGGGAAAAUGCCAUUUAUCCAUGGCUUUCCCAGUAGAUGGGCACCAGAUGAGGCAGUCAACGGCGUAGCUGGUGAUCCUGCUAGGAUCCAGAGUGCAAUAAGAAUGUGGGGAAGCCCAACCAAAGUCUUUCAUUUCCUUCCUUUUUUGGGUGGCGGUGGGAUGCUGGCAUGGGUGUGUGCUUUUCCCGCCUUCUGUCAUCGUGGUUAAGGAUGCCUGAAUGCGUGGGCACACAUGUUGAGGGUGGGGGGACCAGAAGAAUGAAAAGCCAUACACCGUCGGUCAAAAGACCUCACCGCCAACAGCUGCUAUAGGUGUAGGAGAAGAGGACAGGGUAUCACCUACCGUUUUGUGGCCCUCAACUUCGUUGGCAUGACCAUUGAUGAAAAGUGAUGGCUUCCCCCCACCCUGUACGGGUGGAGUCUGGUGGUAAAAAAAUUUGACUAUCCCUUUAGCGCCAUCCUAUCUAAAUUGAGUAAGGUUUACAUUUCCCUCCCUCUGCUUUAACUUUUCUUGCUUGAAACCAUUGUUCUUUUUAUAAUUGUUAUUAUUAUGAUUAAUAUUAUUAAUAUUA